AUGAUGACAGAGAGAUCCAAAUUCUUAAAACAGUUAACUUUCUCAGCUCUUUCCAUGUCGACGAAAUCGAUUCUCGCGAGAAGUGAUGAUAUUUCGGCAUUUGACUUAGAUAUAUGCACUUGGCGCAAACUAAGCAUCUCCACUCAAUCUUCCAUCAAGUCUUUCCUUCUUAAUCCUAUCAUCAAUUUUGAAGAAUCACAAUUGAUCACCGAACGGCGCCAUUAUAACAUUUGCAGGUUGGCUACUUCACUUCUUCCGGACAACAACUGGCCUGAAUUAUUGCCAUUCUUGUACCAAUGCCUCGCUGAUUCAAACAAUUACUUCAAAAAGUUAGCUUUCUUAAUAUUUGCUGAACUAGCUGAGGACAUAGGUGAAACAAUAGUAGUCCCUUCUGCAAAGACUUUGCACUCACGAUUCCGUAAUACACUGAAUGAUGAUACCCUUGAUCUAGAUGUGAGGAUCGCAGCAGUGAGCGCUGUGAUCAAAUUCAUUCAGCGUAUGCCGAGUUCAAAUGAGAAGGAGCGCUUUCGGGAUUUGUUGCCCGGAAUGAUGAUGACAUUGACUAACGCAUAUUUGAGCAAAGGUGAGGUUGCAGACGAGAAGGCCCUGACAUAUUUUAUAAAGUUGGCCGAGGAUGAGCCUAGGUUCUUUAGAAGUCAGCUCGUGGAUGUGGUAUCCACUAUGUUUGAGAUAACAGAGGCCGAGACAUUGGAAGAGCGGACGAGGCACUUGGCAGUUGAAUUUUUGAUAACAUUGGUUGAGGCGAAGAAGAGGGCCCCAGGCAUGAUGAAGAGGGUCCCCUUGUUUAUUAGCAGAUGUUUCGCAAUGUUAUUGAAGUUAUUACUAGAUAUUAAGGAUGACCCUGCUUGGCAUAGUGCCGAGACUAAUGUGUUUGAUUAUACAGGGGCUACAAGUAACUUCCAUGUUGGUAGGAAGUGUUUAGAACGGUUUUCUCUUGCAUUAGGAGGUAAGUCUAUUGCUCAUGUUGCCAUAGAGCAACUGUCUGCUUACUCGGAUGCGCCAGAAUGGGAGAAGCGCCAUGCAGCUCUCAUUGCACUUACUUUUAUUGCUGAAGGCUGCUCAAAGGUAAUGAUUAAGAAUUUGGAGGUGGUGACAUUGGUUCUCAAUUGUUUCCAAGAUCCUCAUCCUCGAGUUAGAUGGGCAGCUUGCUUUGCAAUUUUGCGGUUUUUGCUUGACUUCUCUCCGCAUUUUCAAGAAAAAUACCAUAACCAAGUAUUCCUUGCAUUAGCUGCAGCUAUGGAUGAUUCUUAUCCACGAGUGCAGGCAAUUGCCGUAUAUGCUCUCUGCUCCUUCGGUGAGACCGGCAAGCCAGAAUUUUUGAUACCUCACCUAGAUGGAUUAGUUAACAAACUGCUUGUACUUAUAAAGAAUGACAAACAAAUUGUCCAAAAAGAAGCAUUAAAAGCAAUUGCUUUUACAGCUCAAUCUAUUAAGGAGCACUUCCGAACCUGCUAUGACACUGUCAUGCCACACUUGAAAACUGUCCUGAGAAACGCAGAUCUUCAAUCUAAUCUCAUUGUUCUUCCCUAUGCAAUGCUCUGCAUAGGCUGUGUUGUGAGAGCUGUUGGCAAAGAGAAAUUUAGAGAUGACGAAAAGCAGGUUAUGGAAAUGCUUAUGUCAUUACAAGCAAAGGUGGAUGAUCCAACUGUUACUAUAGAAUUGCUAUGUGCAUGUGUUAGAAUUUGCGAGUGCAUGGGAAAGGAUUUUCUUCCUUAUAUGAAUGUAGUCAUGCCCAUCUUACUUCAAUGUGCUCAACUUAAUACCAUCUCUAUGGAGCAGUACAAUGCUAAUAGUAAAGAGACACUAGAGAUGAAAGCUAGAGCCUGUAAAAUGCUAUGUGGGUAUGCUCAUACAUUGAAGGAAGACUUUUACCCAUGGAUUUCCCAGGCCGUUUCAAUCCUUGUUUCGCUUCUGAAAUUCUAUACCCACAAACCUGUCAGGAAAUAUGCUGUUGAAGCCAUGCCCCUCCUGUUGCGUUCUGCUAAGCUGGCUGUUGAGAAAGGGGUUGCUCAAGACGAAAGUGAGUCAUAUUUCACGAAGUUGUCAGACCAUAUAAUACUGGCUUUGGUUGAAGCUUUGCAUAAGGAGUUUGAGACAGAAAUGUGUGUAGUCAUGUUGGAAGAAUUGAACAAUUGUCUGCAGAUUUGUGGACCACUUCUCAAUGAAGGUCAGGUUCGUAGCAUCGUGGAUGAGAUAAAGCAUGUCAUUACAGACAGUUCAAGUAGAAAACAAGAACUCAGAGAGAGAGAGAAAAUGGAAGAUUUCGAUGAUGAGGAAGCUGAUUUGUUGGCGAAGGAAAGCAAUCAGGAAGAAAGCGUUUUCCAUAAUGUUUGCUAUAUAUUGCGCACAUUGAUCGGAACUUUCAAGGCUUCUUUCUUGCCUUUCCUUGAUGAGUUGUCAACAUAUUUGUUACCUAUGUGGGCCAAGGAAAAAACAAUUACUGAGAGACUCACAUCUAUUGGUGUCUUUAAUCGUCUUAUGGAGGAGUGCCCUGAAGCAGCUCUAACGUACUAUGAUUCAUGUCUUUCUUUAAUUUUGGACGCAAGCAAUGACGAACACCCACGUGUUAGACAGUCUGCUCUUUAUGGACUUGUGCUUUGGGCGGAAUAUGGUCGUUCUUCUUUCAAACCUUUUGUAGGAGAGGCUCUGUCAAGGAUCAAUAUAGUGAUAAUGCACAAACGAGCUCGCGAACCUGAGAAUGAAUUUGCAUAUGAUAAUGCUGUUUCUGCACUUGGUAAGAUAUGUCAGUUUCAUGGGGAAAGUAUCGACUCAGCCCAGGUUAUUCCAGCUUGGUUAAAUUGCCUGCCUAUCAAAGCUGACUUGCAAGAAGCCAUAUUUGUUCAUGAACUGUUAUGUUCAAUGGUGGAAAGGUUAGACAGAGAACUUCUAGGUCCUAACUAUCAAAACCUUCCAAAAGUUGUUUCAGUUUUUUCAGAGGUUCUAUGUUCUGAAAAGGAUCUCGCUACAAAAGAAACUGCAAAUCGCAUGAUUAACGUAUUGAGGCAUCUUCAGCAAACACUGCCACCAGACACCAUGGAAUCAACAUGGUCAUAUCUUUUGCCUCGGGAGGAGAUGGAAUUGAAAUCCCUUCUAUCACCUGAAGAAGAUGCUAACUUUUAACCAAUUCAAUGGAACUACUACAAUUGCAAUUUGUUGGAUCAAGCAUUUUUUAUACUUCAAGAGUGUAGCAGUUGUGAGCAUAGAAGACGGAAUAUAUAUUUUGUAAUGUCUACAUGUAUUGUAUACUUCUUUAAGCAGCAUUACUAUUCCAAACAUCAUAGAAGGAACCAAACAUCAUUGAAGGAAUAAUGGAUUAUGUUGGUUGUGAUUCUGAUGUUUUGUCUGAUUGGUAGUGCUAGCUUAUUUGCAUUCA